GCGUCGUCCAGUUGUUGUGUGUAAUUUUCGAACGUUUUCGCGCCGCUAGCGAACUAAAAUAAUAAAAUAAACGUUUUGAAAUAUUGUGACUUGGAAUUUUGUGAGUUUUCUUUCAGUUGUCACACGAUGCACCGAUAGCAACCAGAUGGCGCAUAAAACAGUGACUAAAACCAAAAUAAAAAACAAAAAUGUCAAGUGAAAGUUCCGAUUUCAAAAGUGUAGUGAUGUGCUGACGUUAUCGAUAUUCGUCACGAUGGAUUUGGAUAAUCUGACUGUGGUGGUGAACUCGACGGCGGCGAUCUCUUAUCCGAGAGAGGCGACCAUUUUGGCGGCCGUGUGUGCGUGUAUCUUCAGUGUGGUGGGAGUUGUUGGUAACUUCGUCACAACCGUGGCGCUCCUCAUGCACCCUAAACUCCGGACCCACGUCACGACCAUGUUCGUUCUUUCCCUCUGCGUGUCAGAUCUGAUGUUCUGCGCAAUAAACCUUCCACUGACUGCGCGGAGGUUUAUUCGGGCAGACUGGGGGUUGGGCGAGCAGCUGUGUCAGAUGUUCGCUUUCGUGUUCUACGGGAAUGAGGCAGUUUCACUACUGUCCAUGGUGGCUAUUACCAUCAACAGAUACACGUUGAUCGCGUACUACGACAUGUACGCCUCCAUCUACACCACCACCAAGAUCUGGGUGCAGUUACUACUCAUCUGGCUCGUGUCCUUUGGUCUCAUGGUUCCCCCACUGCUGGGCAUCUGGGGCACUCUGGGGCUCGACAAAAAAACAUUCUCCUGCACAAUACUCUCCGACGAGGCCGGACACUCCCCUAAAAAGUACCUCUUUGUCUUUGGUUUCGCGCUGCCGUGUCUGGUGAUCAUUGUGUCCUACUCUUGUAUAUACUGGCGAGUGCGGGAGAGUAAGAGAAAGCUGGAGGGCCGAAGGUGUGUAUGUGGCAAGCUAAGCGGUCAAACAGCCAAAGAAAAAGAAGAAGACUCCCGCCUAACAACUCUCAUGCUGACCAUUUUCCUCUGUUUCCUCGCCUGUUUCCUCCCAUUAAUGAUCAUGAACGUAGCAGACGACAGCAUAAAAUACCCAUGGCUUCACAUAAUAGCCUCCAUUCUCGCCUGGGCGUCGAGUGUGAUCAACCCCUUAAUAUACGCAGCGACCAAUAGACAAUAUAGAGCGGCGUACGGUAACCUUUUAAAGUUUUGCAAGACCAAUCCGGUCAUGCGAAGAACGACAUUGGGAAGUCGGACGGUCGGGCAUUCGUCUAAUUCACCGCACUAUGUGGAGAAGAGAAAUCCUACGAGGUUAUGAAUAAUAUGAAUCGUUUUUUGUGUUUUUUGGCAGAAUCUCAAUGUUUUAGGUUAAGUCUUCUAUAGUGGCGCAAACCCAAUUUGUCAGUAGAAAAAGGCAGGAAAUUAUUAAAUACUUUGCGAAAUUGGUUUGCUAUUGCUAUAUCUACGAAAUUGUAACAGAAGUUGGACUAUGAAGUAUGUGUAAAGCAUUUAAGAAGUUCUAAUAGAUGGUCUCCGCAGACUCAA